AGGGACUAAACUUCAACAAACUGAAAACUCAAAGGUUCAUUUGCUUUCUUCUUACUCAAUAAUUACACAAACAAACAGUUUUAACUACUAAGCAAACCGGCCUUUUUUCCGACGUCAUCUCUUCUCCGGCGAACAAUUCCGACAACUUUCCGGUGACAAAAAUUUAAACAUGAGAGAUUCUUCUCGCUCAUCAAUCUUCUCACAGUUCUGUUCUUCAGCUCUGAGAACUAAACCACUAAGCAAUUCAUCCGACGUCGUUCGUAUAAACUCCGGCGAGGGUUUAAUCCGCCGUCUAGGUCCUUUUGACCUAAUUCUCCUUGGCAUUGGCGCCUCAAUCGGCGCCGGUAUCUUCGUCGUCACCGGUACCGUCGCUCGUGAUGCUGGUCCUGGAGUUACAGUCAGCUUUAUGCUUGCAGGAGCAUCAUGUGUCCUGAAUGCUCUAUGUUAUGCAGAGUUAGCUUCUCGAUUUCCGGCAGUUGUUGGGGGAGCAUACUUGUAUACAUACACAGCUUUCAACGAGCUCACUGCUUUUCUAGUUUUUACACAAAUGAUGCUCGAUUAUCAUAUUGGUGCAGCUAGUAUAGCGCGAAGCUUAGCGAGCUACAUAGUUAAUAUAUUAGAACUCAUUCCAUUUCUCAAGAACAAUAUUCCAAAUUGGGUUGGGCAUGGCAGUAAAGAGAUUUUCGGGUUUGUAUCUAUUAAUGUAUUGGCUCCGGUCCUUCUUGUACUUUUGACGUUGAUCCUUUGUCGUGGUGUUGGCGAAUCUUCGUUGGUGAAUACGAUUAUGACUACAACCAAGAUAGUUAUUGUUGUUGUGGUGAUUAUAGUUGGUGCUUUUGAGGUUGAUGAUUCAAACUGGUCACCUUUUGCUCCAAAUGGUUUUAAAUCCAUGUUAACAGGGGCAACGGUCGCUUUUUUUGCUUAUGUUGGAUUUGAUGCAGUUGCUAAUUCAGCUGAAGAGUCUAAACGACCGCAGCGGGAUUUACCAAUAGGCAUCAUUGGAAGUCUUGUUGUUUGUAUAGCACUAUACAUUGGUGUUUGUUUGGUUAUUACCGGGAUGGUACCUUACAAAUUUCUUGGAGAAGAAGCUCCCUUGGCCGAGGCUUUUAAAACCAAGGGCUUACAUUUUGUAUCGGUCUUGAUAAGUGUCGGGGCAGUUGCUGGACUAACUACUACCUUAUUGGUUGGUCUUUAUGUUCAGUCUCGAUUGUAUCUUGGGCUUGGAAGGGAUGGCUUGCUACCGACAAUAUUUGCUCGUGUUCAUCCUACACGCCACACUCCUAUUCAAUCUCAGAUAUGGGUUGGAUUUAUUGCAUGUGUUUUGGCUGGACUGUUAAAUGUGCACUUGCUCUCACAUGUUCUGUCUGUUGGUUCACUGGCAGGUUAUUCUGUGGUGGCAGCUUGUGUAAUAACUCUUCGAUGGAAGGACAAUAUCGGCAGUGAAAUGACUCAAGUCUCAGCCACUUAUAUAUCCCAUAGGCUGGAAGGCAUUAUAUGCAUUAUUGUGAUCGCUUGUUGUGGUUUUACUGCUGGAAUCCUUUUCCGUUACGUUGUUUCCCCUUUCGCAUAUAUAUUUUUAAUCAUACCGAUAAUUAUUGCAAUCCUUGCUACGGCAGCUCUUCGAUUUCGACAGGAACAAAUGGAUCUACCCGGUUUCUCUUGCCCAUGGGUUCCAAUGGUGCCUGCUCUUUGCAUAUUCGUUAACAUAUUUUUAUUUGCUCAGCUUCACUAUGAAGCGUGGGUGAGGUUUAUUGUUCUCAGCAUUGUUGCGGUUGGUGUAUAUGCAUUCUAUGGGCAAUAUCAUGCAAAUCCUACAGUAGAUCGCGAAGUAGUUACUUACCAUAAAGCACCAGAAGAAGAAGCUUUAUGAUCUUGUUCAUAGCUUAUACUUGAUGAUGCUAAUAGAAAUGUUGGUAAGUAUCCAUGUUAUGUAAAGUUUUCUAUGACAUACGGUGUAGGUUAAUACGAUGUAUUGGUUGCUAAGUUGUGUAAAUUUGAAAGAUUUGUGUUAAUUUGUUGGUUUCUUGUGGUUAAGGUUGUAAAAAGAUAGCAAAAUGGACGGGUUGGUUUGUCAAAACAAUUUCGGGUUAGAACGGGUGAA